CUCUCUCUCUCUCUCUCUCUCUCUCUCUCUCUCUCUCUCGUGUGCACGCAUCUCGAGCUCCCAUGGAUUCUUCCUCGCCUCCCCCCUCCUCGUCGCCGGCGCCGUCGCAGGCUCCCGCUCGAUCCCGUGGAGCCACCAAUGCCUCCCAGCGGUGGAGCAUCCUUCGCCGCUCCCUUCUUGCUCGUUCCUCCUCCUCGCUCGCCCCAGAGGGAACUUCUAGUGACCAGCAUAUUAAAGAUGGUACCAACAACAUUUCAAGAAAGGCUUCACGUGGCUUUAACCUGAUUGAAUGCCAUUCAUUGCCAAUUUCACAGCUAGUGAAAUCACUUGGGAAUUCAAUUAAUGGAAGUGAAAAUGAUUUGGGAUGCCAAAAGGAUGUUUAUGUAUAUUAUAAGCUGCCCUGUGGAGGUUCCUCUAAACUUAAUCUAGUAUACAGAAGAGAGGAUUCCCUUGAACUAAAUGACAUGGAAGCUUCGAACAGAUACAACAUCGACACUACUGGACUAGUAUGUUGUUGGCCAUCAGAAGAGGUCCUUGCCUACUACUGUAUUAACCACUCAGACAUGUUCAGGGCCAAGAAAGUGCUUGAACUUGGAUCUGGUUAUGGAUUGGCUGGGCUUGUUAUUGCAGCCUGUACAGAUGCUGACGAGGUUGUUAUUUCUGAUGGAAACCCGCAAGUAGUUGAAUAUAUUCAGAAGAACAUAUCCAUCAAUGCAGAAACUUUUGGUGAAACAAAGGUUAAAUCUAUGAUACUGCAUUGGGACAAAGAGCAAGCUUCAGAAAUAUUGAAUACUUUUGACAUCAUUGUUGCAAGUGACUGCACAUUUUUCAAGCAAUUCCAUGAGAGCCUUGCCCGGACAGUCAAAUCCUUGCUGAAGCAUUCGGCAACCUCACAGGCCAUCUUCCUGAGCCCCCAAAGAGGUGAUUCACUUGACAAAUUCCUGAGAAUUAUUAAAGAGAAUGGGCUCAAUUAUGAGUUGAUAGAGAAUUAUGAUCCUACUGUCUGGGAUCUGCACAAAAAAUAUGUGGCUGGUGAUGACAGAGCUUGGCCAAAUUAUGACAAGGAGCACUGCUACCCUCUGCUGCAGAAUAGUGUAAUCCUGGAGUUUGAUAUUGGUUGGACAUUUUGGAAAAAUCUUCCCUUUUCUAUGGAAGUACCAACAAGACUGUUCAAAGGUUGCAAACUCACCUUUCCUCAUCUGAGAGGCUUCCAUGACAUCACUGAUACAAGUGCAUGUGUGACAUGUAACGGUGCAUUAUUUUUAUAAGAUGAUAUGGCAUUAUGUUGCAACUUGUUGCCAAUGUGUAUUCAAUUCCUCACGAUGAUCUUACAAGCACCCCUUUUAUUGUCCUAUAUAUCUAGUACAUAAACUGGGACUGCUUUGGACAAUGACUAACACAUUCGGUCCUUCAUUUUAGCUGCCCUAUCCAAAAUGGUUAGAAUUUAAAAACUGAUGUGGUUGCAUAUAUUGUCUUAACUUUUUGUGCCAUUGAGUAUUGAUGGGUGUAUAUAAUUCAAGAUUUGAAAUGGUUUUAUUCAGGUAAUAUAAAACACUAUAAGCUAUCUGUCAUUGCUUAUGUAGCCAAACUUUUGUGUCAGAUGAUUAUUAGAUUCCCCUUUCAUGCAACUAUUACUCAACCUUGUCUAGUUAUCAAUCUUUACAUAGUCAACUGCCUAUUGGUGUGCGCAUUGCACCCUUCUCAAAUUUGGCGUUUCAACAGCUGCUGCUGGAGUAGCAUGCAUUAGUUGGCAGUGGAAUAUAUUUCAUUAUCUUUGGUGCUUGGACAGCUAUCUAUGGUUCAUCGUUGCUUGUUUGUCUAAUUACAGUGGAAUAGAUUACAGGUUGCAGGUUGAAAGUAGUGUUAUUCGAAGCUGCUUUCUAUGACUUUGCAACUGCUAAGCUGACGUCUUGGCUCACGAUGAUUGAGGACUUGUGUUAUCUCUGAAGAAUAGUAGAUAGUGGUUGCUGCAUCACAGCACCCAUAUUGGCUUACUGUCUGAUGUUGCUGCGUCUGUAUGACUAGCCUCUUCUCAUUUUUCUUUUCAAAUGCAAUUGGUUCCUAUCUAACGCUUGAUGCUAAAUCUUCAUGGUUGCUGACUGGAUGAACGUGGUCUUAAGAGAUGUCAGCAAGGGUUCAUGCAUAUGCAUAGCUUCUAAUGCUCUUUAAUUUAGUAUGCCAGCAAGUGUAUGAUCCACACAUCCUUUCGCAUCUGAGUUUAUUAAUGGGUGGAUUCAGAAUA